CUUUCUUUUCCCCUUUCCCUCCUUCCUUUCCUUUCCUUUCCUUUCCUUUCCUUUCUCCCUAUUCCUCUUUCUCCACUCACAUCGCCAAUCGAAAACAGUUUGAACAUCACCAAGAAAAGUACUAUACAAUCAACAUGCUUAUCAAAGAGUACCGCAUCAUUAACAAUUGCUCCAAUGCUGAGUACCAGGUUGCUCAACUGUACAAUGUCGCUGAAAUGUCAAAGGCCGAGAGCGGUGGCGGAGAAGGUGUCGAGAUCCUAGUCAACGAACCUUAUGAUGAUGGGACCCGUCAGGGCCAAUUUACACACAAAAUUUAUCAUCUGGAGUCCAAGUUGCCAGGCUGGAUCAGAGCUCUUAUGCCCGCUGGUGCUACAAAGUGUCAAGAGAGGGCCUGGAAUGCUUUCCCCUGGUGCAAAACUGUGAUUACAAAUGAUUACAUGAAGGAGUCGUUUUCUGUUACGGUCGAGUCGUUUCAUGUGGAUGGUGAUCGUGGCCAACUGAACAAUGCACUUAACUUGUCACAGGAUAUUUUGAAGCAACGUGAGGUUAUUACAAUUGACGUUGCCAAUGAUCCAAAGUCAUACUACCUUCAGACAUUUAACCCAGUAAAGGAGGAUGUGACAACGUUCAGGUCAGAAAAGGCGCUUCGUGGUCCAUUGCAAGGUCAAUGGUCCAAGACUUGUGAUCCUGUCAUGACAUGCUACAAACUUGUGUCGAUCGAAUUCAAGUGGUAUGGGUUGCAGACAAAGAUGGAAUCAUACAUGCACUCUGUUGAGCGUGAUCUGUUUACAAAGUUUCAUCGUGAGCUGUUCUGCUCAAUGGAUGGUUGGUAUGGACUUACGAUGGAGUCGAUUCGUGAGAUGGAAAAACGAACAAAAGAAGAGUUGGCCCAAAAAUUAGCCACUCCUCUUCCUCCUGCAACAGGUGUGCAACCGAAGUAAGGCUUAUUUUGUGGACCCGUUGAACAAAUAAAUACUCUGUUUGUAGCAUGAAUUGACCAAAAUGUUCCCGAAACAAAGCUGCUUCAAUUUUAUUUUCUCCUUGAGCGAUUGAUAACCUUCAUUCUCGACAAUGGCACACCGAAAACAUUGAAUCUCAUUUCUAUUGGUGUUGUAAAGAUCUUUCCAAGGAAGCCAUAUCGUUGAUGAAUACAGCACUUUAUAAUAUGUAUAAUAAUAUUAAUAAAACACAGACCCU